AGUUAAUGGAGGAUGAAGUGUGACCGUACUAACUCCUUGUGUGUACAACGACGUGUGCCAGUACUGUCUCCCUGACCGGCUCCUUUGGCUCUCCCUGUGCGGCAAUGGCUCAAUCUCCGCGGUGCCGUCGGGGAGGAGGGGCUGGGGCGGCCGUGUCUGGUGCGCUCUCGCUACUCAUCGACCUUGCUGUUACUACCUCAUCCUUGAAGCCAUGGGGGAUAGCAUAUGAAGUGAGUAAACGGAAAGAACGUGAGCGUCCAAGCAGGAACUGCAAAUGCUCUAUUUUAGUCAAAGCAUGGGAAUAUGCCCAAGGGAAAGGUAUUUGUGUGAUUGAUCAGAACUACAUACAUAACAAUGCAAGGACACAAUAUAAUUGGGCAUUUUCAAGGCUAGCACAUGGAGCGGCAAAAGGGAGGAGGAGCUACCACGGAGGCUAGGUAACUCGAGGAUGUUCUAGAAUUAGGGUAGAAUAAGCCUGACUCUACAAGAAAAUACAUCGGAUAAUUAGGAAACAAGGCACUGACAAAAAACAAGAAAAUACAGAGACCAAAUACUUGAGGGGCUGCAACUCUGCAAGACUGAAAUUAACGAAAAGCUAAGACUUUUAUUGUUUAGAUAAACAAACAGCUAAGUCAGUUGAUGAGUGAUCUCCGCAGCUCCCAGGUCACUAGAGGAGUCAAAGAUUGUCCGCUGAAAGACGGACAAGUGAUCAUGUUUUAUCAUUGUUUGAAAGGAGUAGUGGACGCGGAUGUAUGUAUAUUUUUCGUUCAAAGUAAUGGAAGUGCAAAUUUGUAUAUACUUUACUGGCAUUAUUUAGUGGAUUUUAUCAUAUUUAAUAAAUUGGAUUUUAUACUGU